CACAUAACUGACAAUUCCCCCGUCCUUUUGAUCCAGAGUGGGGAUAAAUGUGAGUUCAUUCACAAUUGUGAAGGCUGAUAUUUUGAACAGCAGACACUUGAGCCUGCACAGUGAUAAAGAAAGAUGUGAUUUAAAUAAAAUGUGCGAUUUAUGGCUAAGAUGAACGUUCCUGCUGGGGUGCAACAUCACAGUGAGCCUGCUUUAAACCUCAUCCUCUCCAGGUUUCGUUACGCACCAUGACUGCCUCUUUUUUUCUGAAAUUGCUGCGUUGCUGCUCAGGCUGGAGCAAACUUUAACACCUCGAGUAGGAGGAGGAACACUACUACUACAACAACUACUAUUACUAUAACUCCCACCACUUCCACAGAGCCAUAAUGGAGCCGGCUUCACCGCCCCACCGUGCGCCCUGCGAUUGGGGCACCAUAAUGUUGACGGAUUUCUGAUCCAACCCAAGACAGUGCCCGGUUCUUCCAAUAGCAGCUUUAAGUGAAAAGGCGUGCCUGCUUGGCCCCCCCUCCACCACCACCACCACCACCCCUCACCACCCCUCAAAGUACUCGAUGUAUAGUUAAAAAAUGGGAGGGCACACUUGAACCGAGCUGCUCUAUGAAGGUAGGCUGCAGCGUGUGUUUAUUGAUGAGAUGAAAAGAAGAUGGAAGUGAGAAAUGAAACAAAGUAAAGGAACAUAUUAAAAAAAUAAAACUGUACGCGCUUCGUCAAGGGAAAAUAGGGGGAGCCGUGGAAACGCUGUCGGCCACUUUUUGACAAGCUUCGAAGUGCAGCAGAGCAGCACAUGAUUUGGACAGAGAGGACUGACAGCCUUGCCUAGCACCCGGCCUCUGAUCAGCCAUCUCCACCAGCAAACUGAAGCUUGACCCGCACUUCAUCACCAGCCACACAAGCAUCUUUUGGAACAAAACGUCAUCUAACUGUGACAUCAGUUGCAAGGGGAUGACCGAGCGCAUUCAUAACAUCAAUCUUCACAACUUCAGCAAUUCUGUACUUGAGACCCUCAAUGAGCAGCGCAACCGUGGGCACUUCUGUGACGUGACUGUUCGGAUCCAUGGAAGUAUGCUGCGUGCUCACCGCUGCGUGCUGGCUGCUGGAAGCCCCUUCUUUCAGGACAAGCUGCUCUUGGGCUACAGCGACAUUGAGAUCCCUUCUGUGGUCUCGGUGCAAUCCAUCCAAAAGCUGAUUGACUUUAUGUACAGUGGGAUCCUGCGGGUAUCUCAGUCAGAGGCCCUGCAGAUCCUCACUGCUGCCAGCAUCCUACAGAUUAAGACCGUCAUUGAUGAGUGCACCCGAAUUGUGUCUCAGAAUGUGGGCCUGGCUGGGCCGGGGGGGUUCCCUGUUAUACCGGGAGACUCUGGACAGGACACACCCCGUGGCACACCCGAAUCAGGCACCUCUGGGCCCAGCAGUGACGCAGAGUCAGGUUAUAUGCAAGCAACAUCACAACAAAGCAUGGAUCGUGCAUACACAUCACUGUACUCCUACCCUGGCCUCUCGCUGCAGAAUGGCACCCGUGAGCGCUCCCUGUACAUUAACCCUCUAACGUCAAACUACGAGACCACCCUCGGCACUCAGAAGGACCAGCAAUCUCAAGAUCCACCCUGGAUGAACCGCAUCCAGGAGAGAUCUCAGCAAGUCGACCGCUUCAUCUCCACAGCAGAGUCCACUCACUGCCGCAAGCAGCCCCGACCGUCACGCAUACAGACGGGAGGGAUGCACAUAAAGCAGGAGGCGGAAGACGAGUACAGCUGCUAUGAAAAUUUGGGGGACUGCCAAGAAGAGACCGACCAUACAGAGGGUGUGGAGAGUGAGUCCAAGGUGGAAAGUUUUGACUCAGGGGUGAGCUCCUCCAUCAGCACUGAGCCAGAUGCUAUGGAGCAGCAGCCGUACCUGAUGGGCUAUAGCAGAGAGGUAGGCGGGGACGGGCAGCAUGGCGACGGAGGUGGCCUGGUGCAUAUAGAGGUCAACGACUCGUCUCCGGAGCAAGUGCAAGAUGACGACGGGGACACAUCCCACAGCACUAGUGACAGUAGCAUGAUGCAGCCCCUGCCAAACUCAGUCAUGUCCCAGUCCCUGCCCAGUGCCCCGCACUACAUGCGCCAGGCAGAAUCACACACCAGCAACCUGAGGAUGCCGCUCACCGUGACCAGCAACUCCCAAGUGAUGGGCACCGCUGGAAGCCCCUUCCUGCCCACACUCUUUCCCACGCAGCCGGCUAGAGACAACAAGCCUUUCCUUUACCUUCCUGGCCAGCAGCAGCCCCAGUUUGUUGCAGUGCCGCCCCCAGCAAUGCCAUCAUUCCCCAACCCUAUGUCGGUACAGCAAGCGACAGCUCAGCAGCAACAGGCUGUUGGAGGGAUCGGUCCGGGAGAGAAGAAGCCCUAUGAAUGCACUCUCUGCAGUAAAACCUUUACUGCUAAACAGAACUACGUCAAACACAUGUUUGUCCAUACUGGUGAGAAGCCUCAUCAGUGCAGCAUCUGCUGGCGCUCAUUCUCCCUGAAGGAUUACUUAAUCAAACACAUGGUGACACACACAGGGGUGCGGGCCUACCAGUGCAGCAUCUGCAACAAGCGCUUCACCCAGAAGAGCUCUCUUAAUGUCCACAUGCGGCUGCACCGUGGAGAGAAGUCCUAUGAGUGCUACAUCUGCAAGAAGAAGUUCUCACACAAGACCCUGCUGGAGCGCCAUAUGGCCCUGCACAGCACAGGCAGCGCCAUCACAGGGCUGUCUGGGAGCGCCGUCACCCCAGGCCCCGUCUCCAUUCCCAUGCCGAUGGCUGUCCCCGAGCCCGGAGCCGGAGUGGUGGCCCUCGCCAUGCCGGUGAGCGGAGGUGCUGGAGUAGGGGCCGGGGUUGGAACGGGAGUGGGUGUAGCCGCAGAAGCGAGCUGCCAAGAAGGGACCACCUACGUGUGCUCCGUCUGCCCUGCCAAGUUCGACCAAAGGGAGCACUUCAAUGACCACAUGCGAAUGCAUGUCUCUGAUGGAUAAGUACUAAUAGAUAAACUUCUUUCAAAAAGAAUGACAAAUAAAUGGCACUAGAUUUUCCUUUUCUUGUUUUGAGGUAUGAAGAGUAAUGAGUAUAGACACUGGCACAUUAAGUUUCCCAAAAAAGAUUUUUUUUCUGUUAUCCUAAAAGAAAAAAAGAUGGUGGCCUUAAGGCUUAGUAGUUUGAUAUUGAUCUACUGGAUGGAUCCUAACUACAGGCCUCUAAAUGUAUGCUUUCCUAAAAAUACUGAUUUAUGUGUUGAACACUACCGAAAGGCCUACGAAAGAAACACAUACACACAAACACACCUUUAGUGUAGGUUUGUCUGAACGAUUAUACAUGUGCAUAUAUGUUGAGCAUUUGUGUAUUUGAAUGUGUCCGUCUCAUGUCCGUGUCCGUGUCCGUGUGUGUGCGAGUGUGUGUGUGCGUGUAGGUGUGCGUGUGCAUGUGUGUGUGUGUGUGUGUGUGUGUGUAUGUGUGUGUGUGUGUGUGUGUGUGUGUGUGUGUGUACUUUGCCAUGAAAAAAAUUAAUCAUGGCAGUUGUGAACCCAUACUGACCAGUUUGGAAACUAUAGAUGUCCAAGCUUACUGUGGUAUAAUUUACAACAAUAACAAAAAGUCAUCUGGGGUCGGGCUACAUGUUCCCUCUAAAAAAAUACUGACGGUCACAAGAUUGCCUUCUUCUGUAAAAUAAAAAAGGAGAGUAGUUAAUUUGAUGGUGGGUUUUAUUUAUUCCUAUGGUAUUAAGGGAUUAUAAUGCAGCUGUUGUCAAGGUACCAAUCUCAAUCAUUUACCUGAAAUGUGACUUCCUGUCAGUUGUGACAGAGACGGACAUUUCUCAUGUUUUGUAAUUGCUCUCCAUGCAUUUUGAUGCUUCAGUUUACUAAAUUAGGGUGUGUUGAUGAGACAGUAUUUGAGCAAAAACAUGUUUCUUUUUUUCUGAAGUUUGGAGUUUAACUCAUUUGCAUACACUGCCACUAAUAUUUUAAAAGACUGUUAAGGCUAGUAGACCUCUUCCAUUUCAAAACAUGAGAAAAAAAGAAAGAUUCUUUUGCUGAUGUUUUUGUUUUCUUUAAAAAAAAAAGCCUUUCACAUUCUCACAGUUAUGGCAGGCUGGCAUAUGCGACUAAACUCUCUCCUUCAUUAUUGCUGCUCUUCAACUUGCACCUGACUGUUAUGGGAUCCAGAUUAAAAAUAAUAAUUUGUCACUUCCAAUAUUGUUGUUAUUGAGUAGCCUACACAUGGUUUGACAUCAAAUUGAUAAUCAAAUAAUAAUACCUAGUUGGGGGGGGGGGGGUUAAAUCUGGAAGAGUGUUUAAGAGGGAGGGGUUUAAUUUUAAUCAAAUUGACAUUGGAAUAGUUAUCACACUCAUCCUCGAGCCCCUGUAUAACCCGUUCAGUAGUGUUGCACAGCUUUCUGAGCACUUGGGAGCUAACCGCAUCACUCUUCAUGUGUUUGCCCUCUCUAAAGGCUCAGAUGGCCUGCAACGCUAUGAAAGAAAAAUUAGCUUCAAAGCAAAACCAGUAGCUCCAUUGAAAUCACACUGUUUCCUGAUGUACCACACGUUCAGAUGGACUUUCUACACGAUAGUAUACAUUCCUGAUUUUUCAAAAAAAAAAAAAACAACAACCCAGACACAGCAUGUACAGAAUAGAUUUUGGAAGCUAGUGUGCGCAAGUUGUCAUCCACACAUCACAUCACUUAAGACUUAUUUCUGAUAUUUGAAUUGUUUUGUAAUUGCUUUCUACUCGAAAUAGGACACACACACACAAACACACAUGCAAAUGCCUGCAACUGCAAUCCUGAAGGGUUUGCUCAUGUAAGUGAGCAAAAACUUUCGUAGUUGUAUCAUUAAAAGAAUAACUGCAUACAGCGGUCUUAAGAAGACCUGCUGUAGGUAAAAAAAAAAAAAAAGUGCUAUUUUGCACAUUUUCUUAAAAUGCCUGUGCUUAAUAUUUAAUCAUUUUCCUUAAAUGAACUUCUAUGAUUUUCUGUUAUUCAAUUUCAAAGGAAAAAAAAAUACAUUUUUUAAAAUCUUGAUAAGUGGACUGCAUUAUUUUCUUGCAUAUAUGUUGCACUGCUUAAACCAAUAAGUGCACUACUGUUAACAGAGAUAUAAUAGUUUUAGAAAAGAUUUUUUUUAAAUCUAACAUUUGGUUGUAGAGUUCACAUGUAAUAGAAUAGCUUUGUUUCAAUUUAUUCAUUAAGUAAAUCAGCGGUUCUUGGCUUUUGUUAUUGCUUGCAGUUACCUACAGUAUAUUCUCGUGCCGUGUUAAUGCAAGCAUUUAUUUUUAUUUAAAAAUGUACCAUUAUGUGUGCUCAUCUAUGUUUUGAAACCUUUGAAUUCAUUCUUUUAUGGAGUCAGCUCCCUAUAAAAGUCAUUUGAUUGCAUUUCUUUAGAAACAAACAAGAACAUCCAAGCCAAACAACAUUAACAGUGAAACAACAACAGUAAUAAACACAGCUCCGUCAGGCGGAGGUUCUAAUAAUAACUAUUACUAUAUGAUUAAUAAUACAUUUAUAGUGUGUGUGUGUGUGUGUAACAUAAAUGAUAUGUGUGUCCUAGAACAACUUUGUGUGGGUUUUAAGGUGUGGGGAGGUGAUGGAAUGCAGCUUCUUUGAUAUCUGUGCAUCAGUUGUACACAGUUGUGUCCCUUCCUUAGUGUUUGUGCGUCAGUGAGUGUUUGUGUGUUUGGUAUAUAGCCUAAUCAAGCUGUUGAUAAGUGGAAUAUCUGAACUGUAGGGCUUCCUUCGCAAUAUGCAACGCAGGUACUAUGAGAAGCAGUUCUCCAAACCUUUUGGGCUAAUAAGGCACCUGUGGCGUUUGUUCUGAGACUUGGCUCGAGCCACGGUUGACACUGUUGACUGCAGUGUACCAGUGUGAAGGAGUUAUGUCCAGCAUUUGGAUGCUUCAAUUUUUUUUCAACUGCUACUAAAUUACAGAUCCUUGUUGAGUUAGCUGAAGGGAAGGCUGUGCUUCAGUUUUCCCUGAGCUAAAAACAUAGAUAUUGACCACACAUGCGUAACAGCGUGAGGUUUGUCCGCAGUAAAAGUAGCACAUUAUUAAACAUUUGAUUGGGCCUGUGUCCUAUGGUGUGCAUAUAAGCCUAAAGUGUAUGGUUUCUGUUUGUAGCUGUUGUUGCCAGGAUGGCAAUAUUGCUGCAUGCUAGUGCUAUAUUUGUCUCUACACAGCACGUGGAGGGUAAUCUUAUGCCUUAACAGACAAUGCACUAAAUAGAAUAUGUAAGCAACUGCCGAGAUCUCUUUUCCAACAGUACUGCCACACGUACGGCACACAGCUCAUGGUGUUGGUGUUUGUUGUCUGUUCAGUACCGAGUUAAACACUGCCAAUCUAACAUCAUCACUUCUUUGAAAGCAGAGGCAGACACGUUAAUUGAAUCGUUUCAGUGUAAUGUUUGUAUUCAGUGAUCUAGCAUUCCUUUAUGGCACCUAAAUUUUACAUAUUUUGUGUAAACACAUAUAUCAAAUGCACUAUUGACUGUAGCUAGAUGAGUACAACCAGCUUUGUGGUAUCAUUGGUCUAAAUAGUAGGUUAAGUAGCUUGAUGUUGGUUCAUUGAAAUAUUUGAUUUCAGAAUUACACUAUCAGUCGUUUCUUGAUCUUUUUAUUUUUAUUUUGUUGGAAUAACAAAAGUAGCCAAUCUCAACGUUAUCUGGAUGAGGGCUAAUAACUCGUCCCAUUGUCAGUUGACUUCUUGUAUCAUAAGGUGUUUGAUAGCAGACCAGGCUCAGAGAAGGAACGGAAACCUUCUCUCCAGUUUGUCAUUUACGUGCUAUAGCAUACCCAGGCUUCUUCCUCCUGUUGCAUUGGCAUCACAUGCUCUUCACUGUCCAUAGUUAUAUAUUCCUUAUACUGCUUCAGCUAAUCGUGGUGGUGCUUAAUUCUCUUUUCUCUCUCAGUGUUGCAGAAAGUCGGUUUCAAACUUGUUGAAAAGUCGCAACAUUAUCCAGAAAAUAAGUCCUUCUCUCAAUCGUGCUUCUUCUAGUUGUUAGUUUAAGAGAAUAAAAGUCUAGACUUUAUGUUUGCAAAGUGUUUGCAUAUUUUCCAGAACAAAACAUAUUGAAUCGUAGAUAAUAGCCUUGAGCCUGCAGCUGUUUGUGUUGUGUUUCAAAUAUAUUACUGUUCAUGUUUUGUUUAUCUUAGCGUAGAGACACAGGGUCUACAGUACAUUGUUGUCCUUCUUGCAGUAUGUUUAAUUCACCAUUAUACUUCUUUAUUUCAGGCUUCCUCCUGCUUUUUGUUAUGGUGAUCAUAGUGCUGUUGUUUAUACAUACAUACAUAGCUUCACGCAGCUGGAUAAAGGAUAGUCAGUUAUUGAGUCAUAUUUCACAUUGUACUAUAUAUGCUUAUAUGCUUUGCAUUGAGAUGAAAACAAGGAAAUGGUUUAAAAAAAAAAGUAAUGGUGAGGGUCAUGUUGAGUACGGAACAGGUUCAUUUUAUUCUGAUAAGCAUGCGUCUGUCUUCCUGUUUGUCUUUCAGUCUAUCUCCACACAUUCAAAGUCAGAUUUUUUUAUUUAAAGCUUGAAGAAAGUCACAAAGUUAUGAGUAGAAUACAGAAAACACCAGUCAGAUAAUACUUUACUGCAUCUUUGGCCUUCUACAGUACACAUAAGAGUGAAAUAUCUUACAAAUAGACUAUAUAUAUUUAACUAUCACCACCUCCACACAGAUGAAGAAUACAUUCUCAAAUAGUUUGAUAAUACAGAAUUGCAGCUAGAGUAUACAGAACCUUGUGGGAUAUAGGGAAUAUGCCUAUCAAGUGCCUAUCAGUACAUACAGCAACUAUACAGAAUAUUCAUAGUUUUUCUCUCCUACAUUGCACAGAUACAGUAUAUACACAAUGGUCUAUAAUAAAUAAACUAUUUAUACUAUUACUGCUAAGACCUGCCGGUUGUGAGUGCAUCCUAGAGAACCCUUUAAAAUACCUGAAAUCGUCUAUUCAUAUACAGUAAAAGCUACAUCUGUGAGUUUUAUUUUUUCAUCUAACAUCUAUACAGCUCGGAGGAUUCAAAGAUAUAAAAUACAGUCACGUUUUACCGUCUAAAUGAAAUAUACUAAUAGAUUUAGUCAUUUCAGAUUGUACUUAGAAAGAAAUAAGACAUUUAAAAAUUGAUGAAACCAAUUCUUCUUUCUUUCAGGUUGCUCUCUUUCAUGGCUUUUUGGCGGUCUUUACACAUGCCAUUUUUUUGCUAUUUGCAAACGAGCCAUAUGCUGUACUGUACUGUAUGUCUGCUGAGAACAAGGGCAGUGGCACUUUAUUAACAGCAGAGGGAGCCACAUUCAACCUGCCUCAAUCAUCGAAUAUUUGAAGUGUUCUUUAUUCGUGCUGGUGAAUAAUAUAAUUUCUCUGGUGGCAAUAUUUACAACAUAAAAAAAGAACUAUAAUAAAAUCUAUAAUAAAGAUGUCAGUGGUUUCCUCCACUGACCUGUGACGUAGGAGAAGAAUAUAAUCCUUGCAGGCUGCAGGAACUGCCAUCUGAUUCAACGGGUCCUUACAAAGUACAUAAUGCUUACUUUGACCUUGAUAGCAGACUCUGCCUGAUAUCCUCACAGCGAUCAUUAAAGCUUUAUCUUAUCUAGUCACCUUUAUGCUUACAUACAGUCUUAAUUAGUAAAGGGAGAGCAACGAGCAACCUUUAAAAAAGAAACUGGUCAUUGAAUGUUCGACAGACAGUAGAUUUUUUUAACUACCUGGAAGCUGAUUGAGAUUAAGAAAUUAGAAGUUUGGCUACGAAGACAAGUGUUUAAGUGUUUGGUUUAACCACAUGGAAAUAAAAGUAGGUGAUAAUAGAGUAGAAAUAAACAAUAAUCAAGUUUCAGGACGAGUGGCUGCGAGAUAAAAGGUUUUGGGAUGGCUGAUUAUUCGGUCCCCUGUGGACUAAUUACCACAGUUUUCUCUCUAACCUUCCCCAGCCUAGUUACUGUGCCAAAUUUGGGGGUAAAAAAAGACACUUUUUAAAUUAUACCCCUAUUGUUAAAUUUGAUGUGAGAACAAGGAAUAAAAUGGAACAAUAAAACCUUUAAAAGCUUCUGUAAAAUCUAUCAUAUAAACAUAAUAUAUUAAAACAAAACAUAUGUUAUACCAAAAGCAAGUGGUUGCCUUUAUUUUGAAUCUUUAAAUCCUCCAUAAAACAUAGUUUCAAUAAAUAGGAGAAAACAGCUAUGAUUACAAAACCACAUUUUGAAGGCUUAGUUUCAUAUACAUUUAAAGAUCAAAUGAAGCAUUAAUAUUAUAGGCAAUGCGAUAUAGCUAGUCCCUGUCAUCCAACUAUCACACACAAACAGCAUCUGUUCAGAUCGUACAGUCAAACUUGCAGACUCUGUUUUCAUUUUGAGCUCUACACACACAGAGAAGCAGCUGUUCAGAUUUUAAAGCACGACACAGCUAAGCUAAGCUAAAACCACAUCUAGAAUUUAUUACUACUUUCUCCGAUCAUGCAGUUCUUUCACUUCCCUGAUAUGGUUCUAGUUAAGUGUCAUUAUCAGGAAUCCAUCAGUCCACAUGAAGCAUGCAGUCUCAUCUACACAGCCUCCUCCUGCAGAGUUGUGGGGGGAGGCUUUGUUUUUGAUGGAGCACAAACUAUGUUUUGAGUGUCCCCUGAUAACAGUCUUUCUGUAUCAUUUUUUUUAUCUCAGUUGUUAAGAGACUGAGGCUCUAAAGACUAAACAUUGAGCCCCUUUGUGUUCUGUAGUCUCUUUUUCAGCGUGGUCCUACUCAAUGAGACGAUUAGUUAAAAAGUGUGCAGCAGUGUAACUAAAAAAAAUCAUUCCUGUUUAAGUCCAGAGCAUUCCAACUCCUAAUCUGGCACUCGUUUUCCACCUUUUACUAACCUAUCAUGAAGUAGGACUUCCAGCGCCUCGUCCUUUUACAAAUCUGUUGGAUAUUUGUUAUGUCGUAGCAAACAAUUCCCAUCACAUCAAAGUUUAUUCAGAAGUUACAUUUCCCUCAUGUAGAUGUGUUUCCUGUCAAUUUAGAUUUGAUCUUUAUUUAAAUUUCACCACAAGAUAACAGGCUUCAUAAGCUUUAAUUGCAGCUUAUGCAUGUGUGGCCUGGUUCUAUAGACAACACGCUCUAUGCUAACCCUGUAGGUCUCUUUUUUUAUAGUGCAGAGAUGUCAAAUUGAAAAUAAAGAAGUCAACGCUCUUCUUCUUCUUCUUCUUCUUCUUCUUCUUCUUCUUCUUCUUCUUCUUCUUCUUCUUCUUCUUCUUCUUCUUCUUCUUCUUCUUCUUCUUCUUCUUCUUCUUCUUCUUCUUCUCCUUCUCCUUCUUCUUCUUCACCAGGAUGUUAGUCACUGUCUCAGCCAGCAUGUUUCUGCCAUAACUGACAUGCAGACUUAGACUGAAAAUCACUGUAAUGUUCCUUUUGGAGCUGCUGGUGGCGGUAAAUUUGUAACAUGGGGGCCAUGCUAAUCAGUAGAGGUCAAAUACAAAAAAAAACAGACAAAAAAAACUUUAAUAGACAAUGUUUGUGUUCACAAACCAAAGAAGGGUUAAGAUAAUUUAAGUUUUCUAAGUGUGUGGGGUUCCUGCUCUGGGGCUAGAUUGCUACAGUUUUCUUUUGUUUUUGAGGUUUUCUUAGUUUUUCUUCUCAUUGCAGGGUGCUUGUGAAAACGCAUCAGUGUGUUUGUCACGUGAUCAGUUGUUCAUAGUUUUGUGCUUGUGUUAAUUUGCCUAAUGUAGACCAAAAUAGACCUUUUUUUAUAAGAAAUGCAACAAAAUAUAAAAAUGAAAUUGGACACCGUAGCUGUGAUGUAAACUCCGGCAUGUUGAAACAUGUACACGAUUGUAAAUGUUGCAUCGUUUCUCUCUCAUAAAAAAUCAUACUCAGUAAUCAUCAGUUAUGUCUUCAGUACACACAUUUAGUAAAUCAGUGUAAACCUGUUCACCUUCACACAUCACAUCUGGAUAGUUUUGUUCCUGCAGUUUUCUUCAAUACUGGCACCAUGUGACAUUUUAAGGCUGUCCCUGACAUACUAAUCUGACAUUGUGACCUAGAGUACACUUAGCCAUUUAUACUUGAGAUGGACCAAGAUGUUAAGUUUGCACAUAUUUGUAGGUUGUUUUUGAAGCCAAAAAAGAGGGAAGAGAAUAAUGAUACUUUCAGCAGUUUCAGUCAGGACUUGCUGAGGUUCUCAAAAGUCUUUCAACGUUCACUGAAAACACAAAGCAUCAGAGCCAGCCAUCACAGCAAGAUGAAAAUCAAUCCAAACCAAACUGUAACAUGGAUUUCAAUAUCACCUAUGAACAGUGAUAACAAGAUGAUAUAUUUUUAUAAUAACAACACAUCAUCUGUAAGCAGAAUGUAAACCAUUUGGCAAAAUUUGACAAUAUUUUAUUACUGUAAGCUCUAAUUCCAGGCAAAUCUGCUGUAUUUGUAUUCAUCCUUUGUGUUCAAAAUAGGAAAUUGAAUUACUGUAAUUCGGGCGAUGUUUUGUACCUGAAGUGAAACCACAAUUUUCUCAAACAUUGACAGAACAAAUCAGACAUUAUUUGUGUCCUAAUCAAAGCAGCUUAGGUUUUAUUUUUCAUCUGGCGUUGGGGCUUUUUGCUGCCAUAUCUUGUAUGUAGAUGCUUUUGUACACAUGCACUUGAGUUGAACUAUGAGAUGUGCUUAUAAAUAUGUGUAUAUUUUGUUAGGCUUUUAUUUUUGUUGGCCUACGUUAGCUUGAUAUUUUAUUAGUUCCCUUAAAAAAAAAAAAGACUUCUAUAUAGUUCUGAACUUGGCAGAAGUGGAGCUGUUGUAGUAAAGGUAGUUAACAUCACAACUAAGCAAACCCUGAAAUAUAUGCUGCAGUAAUGUGUUUUCAGUUUGUUUUUGAUAAUUUAUGCUCCAAGUUGGUUUGUAUUUUAUUAUUAUUAUUAUUAUUAUUAUUAUUAUUAUUACUAUUAUUAUUAUUAUUAUUGUUAUGAAACAAGCUUGUUUGAAAUGUAUUGACUGCUGUUUUGAAAUAGGGGAUAAAGUUUUUUUCUUUCUUUUUUAAAAAUGUAUGUGCAAGGACGUUUUUAUAAUAUGAUUUGUCAAACACUGGACUGGAGUGAGUUUUUCAACAUUUCCAAGUUGAGAGAUGUAUUUGACAGACAUAACUGCACAGACGACACCAGUUAGCACAGAUAUGAGCUUACACACAGAAAGCACAUCCUCCCAGCUGUACAGGGGCGGAUGACUAAAAAAUGGCCGCCAUCCUCCCGCUUAAAAAUAGCAGUCGUUUAGAUGUAAGGAGUUCAAACAUUUCCUUUGUGCUGGGUUAUUGUAUUAAUUGGGUGGUGGGUUUUAUAUUAUAGGAAAUAUUUAUUGAGGAUUCCUUCUAAAUAGUCGCAUCAGAUGGUGACAGAUUUUAUUUUUCUGUUCUGAUUAAAUUAGCCAGAAAAGUCGUAAAGGGAUACCACUUGACAGCUAUCCAGUUCUAAAAAUCAGCUGGUGUGUUCUUGCUAUGGUCGAGCAGAUAUUGACAGUCGAGUCUCAUUACACCAAACACCACUUCUCAAACCAGAAAAGAGAUUUGCACUAGACUUAUUUUGGUCGUCUCCUAUCAAAAAGCAAUAUAAUUCACUCAACACAUUUUUAUACCAUAGUAUGUGAUCGUAGUCUCGCACCGUUGUAAUGCUGAGUAACUGGUAUAUUUGACUCUUCUUGAUUUGUUGUUUUGUAUUAAAGGUACAGAAUCAGUCACCUUUUUAAAUGCACAUGACAUCCACACCUUGUUAUUAUUGUUGUUGUUUUUUGUUUUUUUUUACCCAGCACUACCCCGAGUAUUAGUGUCCAGAUUUGAGGGGCAUUAAAACUGUUGUUUCCUCCUGUGAUUGUUUUGGACAAAUCAAGCAGCUCUUGCAGAUCUGAAAAUUGAGAGACGGGAUGUAUGAGGGAAGGAAUUCAUUUUUCCCACCAGUCAAAUUGUCUUCAUCAUGAAGUAUUCAAAGAUAAUACACAAAUACCAAAAGAUGCACCCAGCAGUCACACCUUUCCCCUUAAUAACACUCGUCUUCUCUGCAUUUGGUCACUUUUUUUCAAUGGGAGUGUUACAUUUAAAAAAAAAAAUGCUUUAAAGUAAAAUGAAAAAAAAAAAUCCAAAUGCACCUUUUGUGGUUUCAACACAGCGUCAUUGGCCACAUACAUUAAGAAUCCACCAAAAUGUACCAUACUUCAUCCUUUUCAACAAGGUCAUUCACAGCAGCAGUAAUUGUCAACCUUUAAAGUCGUUAUUUUGUUCAGUGGAUACGUGUUAAAAUUUCUCCAAUAAUUCACAAACAGCAAAACUUCACCAUUUUAUCUGGAUGUAGUAGCUUUUCCUGUUUUUCACCGCUUUGUGGUGUUGUUGAAAGAUGUUGCGGUUUGUCUAAAUAUGUUGCGUGUUAGAGGAAGCAUAAGUAUGUGCCUUCUUGUAAUCUCCUUGGUGAGCUUGUUAUUAUUGAGAAGCUGAAGCCAGCCAAUUGUGUUUGCACUAAAACCAAAUUGCUUUUGUGAUGUAGACUAUUUAAGCAAGCUUGUUGCGUCACUUUAACCGUACAGUAUGCAUGAGGGUGAAAUUGGUAAGUCUAGGGCUAGAGCUCUCAUCUGUUGACCUGUAAACCAGUGCAGCUUAGAGGAUCUUGUGAAUAUAUCUUGGCUUAGUUUCGCAUUCAGUUUUUCAAUUCCAUCUCCUUAUACAUCAAGUUUGUCACAGUUUCAACAGUUAAAAAUACAGUAAAGUAAAAAAAAAAAAAAAAAAAAAAGGCAAAUAACACAUACCAGGAAUACAAUACAGCUUUUACUUUCACAUGCCACAGUUUUAGAGAGUUACACAUCUGCAGUAGAGAUAUUCAUGUCUCUGAAUCCAUGGGAACGCAUGAGUAUAUGAGGUCGCCUCAAGACUAUUGGUCAAAUUAAUUUAGGUUGUUUUUUGCAAACCUGUAUUUAUUACAUAUUUUGUUGACAUCUGAGAAAGGCCUACAUGCUUUGAGUCUUACAAAUGCACCUUAUUCAUGUCAGUCCAUGUGGGGGAAAAGAAAAAAAAAGAGGCUGGCAAUGUAAUAUCUCUGAUUUAGCACCUUACUACACAGCAUGUUUUCACUUUAUGCCAGUUUAGCUAUUCUUCCAUAUGUAUGAUUUCAAAAUUACAAUCUCAUAUUUUGUGAAAUUGUUUCAUGGGAUGUGCCAAAGUUUGGAGGCGAUCUCACACGUGUUUAUGCUUAUCAUUUUCUUUUCCUCCUCCUUCAGUUAUAGCAAUGGUAUGUCAAAACUUUCCUAUAACAGUGUGUGGAAUCAAUUUAUCUCAGCAAACAGUAUCAUUACUUGCCAUUUUACAAUAAGCCCUGUAUUUCACAUAUAUUUACCAGUGAUGUGUAUUUGUUAUUAUAAAGAAAAUAGCCGUAAAAGCUUCAUUAUGUUACAUAAUAUUGUGACUUUUUUCGAAAAACUGUGAAGACUUAUCUUGCAUAUACUUUAUACAGAAGUAUUAAGCCUUAAUACAAAAGACUAAAAAAAGUGUGGAAGAAUAAACUGAUUGUUGCUAAGUAAGGAUGAUUUUUGUAAAUGUUACCAGCACUUUUUUUGUAAUUUUCACUCUCUGAGGUAUUGUACAAGUUCAAGCUGUUUGUGAAGUUUGAUUAUGAAGGAAUAAAAACUAGUACUUUCCUGUACUUCACAGAAA